GAUUGUCCAAUCUCAUUCUCCCCAGUCCAGUUUCCACCUUUAGCUUCAAAAUCUCUGAUAAUAAAGAAAUUAACAUAAACAAAUAAAGGAAUUAAGUAGAAUUAAUAUAUAAUGGUGAAAUCAGAGGCAGCAAAGAAGCAAACAGAAUCAUCCAGCAACAGAUCAACAACAACAUUAUUAAAGAAGAAAUACAAAGGAGUAAGAAUGAGAAGUUGGGGAUCAUGGGUAUCUGAAAUAAGAGCACCCAAUCAAAAGACCAGAAUCUGGUUAGGUUCUUAUUCAACCCCUGAAGCAGCUGCACGUGCUUACGAUGCUGCCCUCUUAUGUCUUAAAGGCUCUUCUGCUACUUCUAAUCUCAACUUCCCUCUUUCCGAGUAUUCAAACUGUCCCCUCAUUCCCAAUAACACUAAUCUCAUUAUGUCUCCUAAAUCUAUUCAAAGAGUAGCUGCAGCUGCAGCUACAACUUCUGUUACACAACAUCCAUUACCAUCAUCAUCAGACAUAUCUUCAUCACCAUCCAUGUCAUCAUCAUCGCCUGAACAGCUGAUUGAUGAUAGUAAUAGCAUCUCUCUUAACCCAUCAUCAUCAUCAUCAUCAUCGGGUUAUGAUGUGGGGAUGAAUGAUUCAUGGCCAUGGUUUGAUUUGUCCCCUAAAUGCAUUCAUCCUGAUUCAUUGUUCUUUAAUCCUCCUACUAUGAAUAUCUUUGAUAUCGAACAGUUAUAUGACGAAGUUGAUAUUCCUUUGUGGACUUUUUGCUGAUAUUACCUCUCUUCUGAAAAACUUACUACUCAAAAAAUAUCGGUAUUCUUAUUAAUUAAUUAAUUCUCCUUUCUAGCUAAAUAUAUACUGAUUUAUUUUUAUGGUAAGCUCAUUGAAAAAAAACACUGACAAUAACUCUUAUUUAUUUAUUUAUAUAUUUUGAAUAAUAAAUAAUAAUUAUAUAGUAGCUAGCUAGUAUUAUGCUGUUAAUUAAUUACAUCUAUGUAUUCAAGUUAUUAGCAUUAAUAUUGUAUAAGAUGAAUAGACAAAGGGGACAACAAACCCCCGUAUAGUUGCUACUUAGAUUGGGGUCUGCCAUUUUUUUGGACCUCAUUUAUAUUAUAAUUUAAAUUAAAUGUAUAAUUAUGUGCAAAUGAAAUGUAUUCAGAAAUUCUUUAUUUGUAAGUGCAUUGAAUUAAACUUAUAAACUGAUGCAGUAUUUGUUUGUAAAAGAAUACUCUACUUUAUUGUAAUCCCUCUCUAUGUUCCAAUUAUUUUUUUACUUG